AUGCCUUUCUAUCAGCAACCACAACAACACUAUUCCAUGUUAUUGGAAGAUCCUAUUGAAGGGGUCGGCAGUCGGAAGGGAGGGAUCCCUCGUCUCACCAGCACUCCAAGGGGCCGGCGCUCCAUCCCGGCAAAGGACUAUCCCAUGGAUGUGCGGUUUAACAGAAUUCAAGAAAUUCCAGCAAAUUCCUUUAAGAAGCUCAAGAAUUUGAACACACUGCUUUUGAACAACAACCAGAUCAGGAGGAUUUCCAGAAAUGCUUUUGAAGGGCUGGAAAAUUUGCUCUAUCUGUACCUCUACAAGAACGAAAUCCAUACAGUACACCCACAAGCAUUUAAAGGACUGAUAUCUUUGGAGCAGCUAUAUAUUCACUUCAACCAAAUAGAAGCACUCCACUCAGAAACCUUUCGAGAUCUCCCUAAAUUGGAGCGGCUAUUUUUGCAUAACAAUAAGUUGUCUAAGGUCCCAGCUGGAAUUUUUUCUCAUCUGGAUUCACUGAGGAGACUGCGACUGGACUCCAAUGCUCUGGUUUGCGAUUGUGAUUUAAUGUGGUUGGGAGAACUAAUCAAGGACUAUGACCGAAGUGGACACACCCAGGUGGCCGCCACCUGUGACUCUCCCAGGAGAUUUCAAGGCAGGACCAUUGCCUCCUUGACAGUGGAAGAAUUCAACUGUGAAAGCCCUCGCAUUACUUUUGAGCCCCGAGACGUAGAGGUAACCUCGGGAAACACCGUCUACUUUACCUGUCGUGCAGAAGGAAAUCCCAAACCUGAGAUUAUUUGGAUACAUAACAACCAUUCAUUGGACAUGGAUGAUGAUUCCCGCCUGAAUUUGCUUAAUGAUGGGACCCUCAUGAUCCGAAACACAAGAGAGUCUGACCAAGGUGUCUAUCAGUGUAUGGCAAGGAAUGCUGCAGGGGAAGCCAAGACCCACAGCGCUCUUCUCCGAUAUUCCAGCAUUCCAACCAAGCCUGGUUUUAUCAUUCAGCCCCAGGACACGGAAGUUCUAGUUGGCACCGGCGCCACUUUGGAAUGCAUGGCUACCGGCCAUCCCCAGCCCCUUAUCAGCUGGACCAGGGGAAAUGGAGAGGCAUUGGAUGAAUCCAGGUACAUCAUCACUUCUUCUGGAGGACUUUUUAUUCAGAAUGUCACUUUGCAGGACCACAGUCAGUUUACCUGUCAUGCCAGUAAUAAUCAAGGCUCUGUUCACUCUACGGCAAAUAUUCUUGUACAAGCUCCUCCCCAGUUUACAGUAAUCCCCAGGGAUCAAGUAGUUGUCGAAGGACAUACUGUGGAUUUCCCCUGUGAAGCUGUUGGCAUUCCACCCCCUGUGAUUGCUUGGACCAAAGCAGGUAGCCAGCUCCCUCAGGAGGGACAACACACCAUUCUCUCCUCAGGAACUCUACGCCUUGCUCCAGUAGCUCAGCAUGAUCAAGGCCAGUAUGAAUGUCAGGCUGUCAGCUCACUGGGUGUGAAGAGAGUGACCGUCCUUCUGAGUGUACAAGCCAAAGUUCUACCAGUGUUUAUUCAGCUACCUCAGGAUACAAGUGUAGAAGUUGGAAAGAAUAUAAAUAUUUCAUGUAGUGCUCAAGGAGAACCUCAACCUGUAAUUACUUGGAAUAAGGCCGGGAUUCAGAUUACUGAGAGUGGUAAAUUCCACAUUCACCCAGAAGGCAACCUUACCAUCUGGGAUGUCGGGCUGGCUGACCAAGGAAGGUACGAAUGUGUCGCCCGGAAUCCAUUUGGCCUGGCUGCAGCCAACAUGGUGCUUACCGUCACUGUAAUGCAGGGUAGACAAGCUGGUGAUAAUUUUGUAGAGUCAUCCAUUCUUGAUGCCAUCCAGAGGGUUGACAGUGCAAUUAACUCCACGAGAAGAAAUUUGUUUGCACAGCGACCACGUACUCCCAGUGACCUAUUGGCUCAGUUUCGAUACCCCCGGGACCCUUUUACGGUGGAAACAGCAAGAGCAGGGGAAAUCUUUGAGGAAACACUCCAGCUGAUCCAGGAGCAUGUGAAACAGGGACUCACUGUGGAUUUGGAAGGCAGAGAAUUUCGCUACAACGAUUUGGUGUCCCCACACUACCUCAGCCUCAUUGCCAACCUCUCCGGAUGUACAGCUCACAGACGCUCUCCAAACUGCUCCGCCAUUUGUUUCCACCAAAAAUACAGGACCCAUGAUGGGACGUGCAACAACUUGCAGAACCCAAUGUGGGGGGCUUCUCUAACUGCCUUUGAAAGGAUCCUAAAGCCUGUGUAUGAAAAUGGCUUCAAUCUACCCCGAGGGGUCAGCCCAAGCCCGCUGAGCCAAGGCCACCCUCUUCCGCUGCCCAGACACAUUUCUACAGAAAUGGUCGGCUCGGAGAGCAUCACCCCCGAUGACCGGUAUACUCAUAUGCUUAUGCAGUGGGGUCAGUUCUUAGACCACGACUUGGACCAAACGGUGCCCGCGCUGAGUAUGUCUCGCUUCUCCGACGGGCAGUCCUGCAGCUCUGUGUGUACCGACGAUCCCCCUUGCCUCCCUAUCAGGGUUCCUCCGAACGACCCCCGUGUGACGGGUUCCCGUUGCAUGUUCUUUGUCCGCUCCAGCCCCGUGUGCGGAAGCGGGAUGACCUCUCUGAUGAUGAGCUCCGUCUAUGCACGGGAGCAGAUCAACCAGCUCACGGCCUAUAUCGAUGCCUCCAAUGUUUAUGGGAGUUCUGACCGGGAGUCGGAAGAGCUGAGGGAUCUCACGGCUCCACGCGGUCUGCUGAAGGAAGGCCUGUUAGUCCCCUCUUCCGGAAAGCAUCUUCUGCCAUUUUCCACGGGUCCCCCGACCGAAUGCACACGGGAUGAAAACGAAAGCCUCAUACCGUGCUUCCUCGCAGGGGACCACAGAGCCAACGAACAGCUUGCCCUGACAGCCAUGCACACACUAUGGUUCCGAGAGCAUAAUCGGAUCGCCAGGGAAUUGUUCAACCUGAACCCUCACUGGGAUGGAGAUACGCUUUACAACGAAGCCAGGAAAAUUGUCGGGGCCCAGAUGCAACACAUCACAUAUAAGCACUGGCUGCCCAAGAUCCUGGGAGAGCCCGGCAUGAAGCUGUUGGGAGACUACCAGGGAUAUGACCCCAACGUGAAUCCGGGCAUUUUGAAUUCCUUUGCAACGGCGGCAUUUCGGUUCGGCCACACGUUGAUCAAUCCCGUUCUCUACCGCCUGAAUGAGACCUUUGGCGAAAUCCCGGAAGGCCACCUCCUGCUCCACAAGGCUUUCUUCGCGCCCUUCAGAAUAAUCCAGGAAGGUGGUAUUGAUCCGCUGCUCCGGGGGCUCUUUGGCACCGCUGGUAAAUUGCGGGUGCCCACCCAGCUUCUCAACCUUGAACUAACUGAGAAACUCUUCUCCAUGGCCCAUUCGGUGGCUCUGGAUCUGGCUGCCACCAACAUCCAGAGGGGAAGGGACCACGGAAUCCCUCCAUACGUCGACUACAGGGUGUUCUGCAACUUGACCUCGGUGGAGCACUUUGAGGGCCUCCAUAAUGAGAUCAGAGAUCCAACAGUCCGAGAGAAGCUGAAAAAGCUAUAUGGCACACCGCUAAACAUUGACUUCUGGCCUGCACUUAUGGUGGAAGAUUUGAUCCCAGGCACCAGAGUGGGACCGACCCUAAUGUGCAUUUUGGUUACUCAGUUUCAGCGGCUCAGGGAUGGAGACAGGUUCUGGUAUGAAAACCCAGGAGUAUUCAUGCAGGCACAGCUCACUCAGCUGAAACAGGCCUCUUUGGCACGUGUACUCUGUGAAAACGGUGACAACAUCCAGCGGGUGCAGCCGGAUGUCUUCUUAAAGGCCGAAUACCCUCACGGGUACGUGAGCUGUGAUGAGAUACCAAAGAUUGAUUUGAGACUAUGGCAGGACUGCUGUGAAGACUGUAGGACCAGAGGGCAGUUUAGAGCACUAUCGCAGGAGUUCCGAAAUAAACGCUCUGCACACCUCAGCUCUCCCGAAGAACAUAGCACAGAUGAAGCCUCCAAGGAUGUGAGAAACAGGCCUCAAAAAAAUUUUCACAUGGAAAGAGAGUCAGUGAAUGGAACUCCCUGGCCUGACACAGGUGUUUCCCAGGACUUCAGCCAAUUUGCUGCAGAAGUUCAAGAAACAAUCACAGCUCUCAGACAGCAGAUAAACAAGCUGGAGGCUCGCCUAAGGCAGGAAGGGUGCAUGGACAGUAAUGGAAUCCAACGAGGAAACAAUGAACACUGGAUGAAAGAUGACUGCGUUAGCUGUAUCUGCAAGAGCGGGCAGGUGACUUGUUUGGUGGAGAACUGUCCUUCAGUAGACUGCCCAGACCCCAUCAUCUUGGAAGGAAACUGCUGCCCAACCUGCAGAGUUACUGGGAAGCCCAUCAAUUCCCCCGAACACCUUUAGCUGACAUCAGUCAAUUGGGUCUGAGCCCUGGACCCUCCCUACCUGCACUAACAUAUUUGAUGUGAAAAUGCACACAGAUUUCAAAAAUCAGGUCAGUGGAACCAUUUAAACUCAGUGGACAUGGCCUGUCCAAUUGACUUCAGUAUUGCUGGAAAUAAUGCAAAAACAAACAGUCAAAAAAUUGCACUGGAAGUCAUUCACAGUAGUAAAUUCUCUCAAUACUGCCUCUGAAAGUUGUAAAUUUUGCCUCAAAAAACUUGUGUGGAAAUGCAUAUUUUCUCCUUGCUAUCUUUUUCAUCAGAGUGGGGAAAUGUCUAUAGCAUUUUGAAGUUGUGAAUAGUGAGAAUGUGUUUCAUUUGGAAACACAAACCCAUGCUUUAACAAGAGUAGAUUUUGAUUGAGGGAGGAGUCUAAAUGGUACUGAAAUGUUUUCUGCAGGAUGACCUGCUAUUGUGGGGCUUUUGUGGGGCUUGUUUUCCCCCUUCUUUUCAUGCAUUUGGAAAAUAAUCGGCAGUUUCAGUUUCCCCUUAGAACUUAAUUCUCUAACCUUCUUCUAGCUCACUAAAAAUACCAUCAAAGCAUUCCUUAAAAUUAGAAAAAAUAAUCCUAUCCUAUUCCAAGUGAAAUACUGAUGAGGCUUUGCAUUUAGGUGCCUGGGCCCAUCUCUCAAAGAACUGUUCAUUUUUUUUAAUUUGUAUUUUUGUAUUUAUGCGCUUACUAUGUGUCAAACACUGUUCUAAGU